AUGGUUUCGAUUGUCGAUUCGUUGUCAUUUUUGGACAACCCCAAAAUCAAUUGGAAAUUGAUCAUUGCUGGAUUCACAAUAGGUCAAUAUGUAUUUGAAACUUAUCUUGAUUAUAGACAAUACAAAGUUUUAAAGAACAAAUCACCACCAGCGUCCAUCAAGGCUGAAGUGGACCAAGCAACGUUUGAUAAGUCCCAGAAAUAUUCCCGUUCAAAGGCAAAAUUUUCCAUUUUUUCAUCCACAUUUGGUUUGUUGCAAAACUUGGCCAUCUUACGCUUUGAUUUUUUACCUAGACUUUGGAAUAAGAGUGGAUCAAUAAUGAAUGCGAUUGGUUUCCUUUUGCCCAAAUUUAUGGGUGGCUCAAUUACUCAAUCAAUCAUUUUUGUAUUUAGUUUCCUGGUGAUUAGUACCAUUGUUGGCUUGCCAUUGAGUUACUAUAGUAACUUUGUGUUGGAAGAAAAAUACGGUUUUAACAAGCAAACAAUUGGAUUGUGGAUUUCUGACAAAUUGAAGGGAAUUGGUCUUACUCUUGUUUUGGGAUCUCCAGUCAUUGCCGGUGUUUUGAAAAUUAUUGAUCAUUUUGGUAAUUCAUUCAUUUUCUACUUGAUGGGAUUCUUUUUGUUUGUAAACUUGGUUGCAAUGACAAUUGUUCCAACUUUGAUUAUGCCAUUAUUCAACAAGUUUACUCCUUUGGAAGAUGGCGAGUUGAAAACAGCUAUCGAAGCUUUGGCCUCUUCACAAAAGUUCCCAUUACAAAAGUUGCAAGUUAUUGAUGGAUCAAAACGUUCGUCUCAUUCCAAUGCAUAUUUCACUGGUUUACCAUGGAGUAAGCAAAUCGUCUUGUUUGACACUUUGAUCGAGCACAAUACCACUGAUGAGACUGUUGCCGUGUUGGCUCAUGAAAUUGGUCAUUGGAGAUUGAAUCACAUUCCUAAAAUGAUUGCUAUGCAACAGGCUCACUUUUUCAUAAUAUUUUCCUUGUUUUCGGCAUUUGUAAACAACAAAUCGUUGUACACCUCGUUUGGUUUUUACAACCAGCAACCUAUUUUAAUUGGUCUUAUGCUUUUUGGUGAUAUCUUGCAACCUUUAGAGUGUGUGUUGACUUUUGUUCAGAAUUUGGUUUCAAGAAAGCAUGAAUAUGAUGCUGACAAGUAUGCAUAUGAUUGUGGGUAUUCUGAGGAAUUGAGUAGAUCAUUGAUCAAGUUAUCUAACAAGAACUUGUCAAGUAUGAAUGCUGAUUGGUUGUACUCGUCAUUUCAUUAUUCACACCCAAUUUUACCUGAAAGAUUGACUGCAUUGGGAUAUGUGUCCAAAACAAAGAUUGGAACAGGCGAUCUCAAACCUGAGGGAUUUGAAGAAGUUGGUGUGGUUGAAGAAAAGCCCGAAAAACAAGAUUAG